ACUGGCAAUGACUGUUACUGGACAGAAAGAGACAAGAAUGGCACCGGGCAAUGUGCGCUCAGUUUAUACAAAUGAUCUGAACAUUAGCAAAGAAAAUAAUAAACUUAGAAAACCUAUAGUGGAGAAGAUGAGGAGAAACUGUAUUAACAGCAUCAUUCAACAGCUAAAGGAGUUAUUAGAAAAAGAGUUCAAGAGAAAGGAGCCCAGUUUAAGACUGCAGAUAGCAGACAUCCUGGAAAACAAAACCAACUUCAGGACCAAAUUGCAGGAUCAUUGCAGAAAAGUUCCCACCAAGAUUUCUGAAAAGGUUAUAUUAGAUGUUUACAGAAUACACUUGCUUUUCUUUCCCUCCAUGAGUUCAACCCGGACGUCAAAACUCAAGUUCUGAAUUACUUCCAGCAAGGUCCCACUGUAACUACACAUGUGCAUUCUCCUGUAUCUCAUUCUUCAUCUCCUUCAUGUCAAAGCCUUCUAAACAUGGUCCACGCUUCUCCUCCUCCGCCUCCUUCAUGUCAAGAUCUACUAACCCUGAACACUCUGAACAGCACCAAAAUGUUAUGGAGACCCUGGUUGUUGUUCUUCUUCUUUUGGCUUUUCCCGGUUAGGGGUUGCCAACAGUGGAAC